AUACGUUUCCUUUUUAAUUUUUUGUUGUUGUUUAUUGAUGCAUUAGUAAAUGCCAUUGAAGGCUAUUUUUUUGAUAUUUUGUUUUGAUCUUCAUUUUUGUAUCUGACGCGAUUUAAUUUCGGUUUUUUUUUUUUUUUUCUGUUUUGUGACUUGUAAUAAUCUUUUUUCUGCGUAUGCCGAUUCAUGUCCUUUUUUGUCAAUUUCUGCUUGAAUUUCUGGUCAAUUUCAUCGUUUUUCAACAGCAACGAGCUGUAACAGAGAAUCGUACAGAUCUGGAAGAUUUGCAAAUAUAAAAGUAACAGUGUCUCGUUAUUUCUGAGAUCUUCUGUGUCUGUUUGAUUGUAGAUACAAUUCUGAUCCCGGUCUCGGAUUCCAAUUACAAUGCCUGGUAAAUUAUGCCUAAGUUUACUGAAUUUUGAUAAUUGGUGAUUCGUGGAUUAAUUUUUGUUUUUAAUGAUAUCAGGAGAGGUAAUUGCAUUUCAAGAAAAUGAGAGAUUUAAAAAUGAAGGGAAUUUGGAUUUCGAGACGUCCGAGGACGAGAAAAGAAGAACGGCGCGAGGGAGAUCCCUGAAGAAGAAAGCGAUGACUGCUUCGACGAAGCUAACACAUGGUCUAAGGAAGCGUGGCAAACGCGUGGCUGAUUGCAAAUAUGCGACGAUUUCUAUCGAGGAUGUAAGGGACGCGGAGGAGGAAAAGGCGGUCAGAGCUUUUCGCCAGGCAUUGCUUGCAAAAGAUCAGCUUCCCACACGCCAUGAUGAUUACCACACUUUGUUAAGAUUUUUGAAAGCUAGGAAAUUCGACCUCGAUAAAACUAUCCUGAUGUGGGAAGAUAUGCUGAACUGGAGGAAAGAGAAUGGAGUAGAGAGUAUCAUACAGGAUUUUGUGUAUGAUGAAUAUGAAGAAGUUCAGCACUGUUACCCCCACGGUUACCAUGGCAUAGACAAACAGGGUCGCCCUGUUUAUAUUGAAAGAAUUGGUAAAAUUGACCCUGCUAAGCUUAUGAAGGUCACUACAGUGGACAGAUUUUUGAAAUAUCAUGUGCAGGGCUUUGAGAAGGCUUUCAUGGAGAAAUUUCCUGCCUGUUCUAUUGCUGCUAAGAGGCAUAUAGAUUGUACGACAACAAUAUUAGAUGUGCAGGGGUUGAACUGGAUGACCUUUGGCAAGGUUGCACAUGAUCUUGUAAUGCGCAUGCAGAAAAUUGAUGGUGACAACUAUCCUGAGACUUUACAUCAAAUGUACAUAGUUAAUGCUGGAAGUGGAUUUAAACUACUAUGGAACACAGCAAAAGGCUUUCUUGAUCCAAGGACUACUGCAAAGAUUCAUGUUCUUGGAAACAAAUUUCAUAAUAAAUUAUUGGAGAUUAUUGAUCCAAGCCAAUUGCCUGAGUUUCUGGGUGGAACUUGCUCAUGCCCUAAUGAUGGUGGGUGUCUUAGAUCUGACAAGGGACCCUGGAAUAACCCAGAAAUAAUGAAGUUGAUACACUUGGGAGAUGCCUUGUACUUGGGGAAAACAGAAAGUUUUUCUGAGAAUGACAAUUUGGAAGUCAAAUUUUUGUCUACUAAGGUUGCAAGUAGUGAAAUACCUUGUGCUUAUGAUGUGAGGCCAGAUACUUCAGAUUUCAUGCAGUUAGCGUCACUUUCUGAGAAAGGAAGGAUUAGUGGUCCUAAUUCUAUGCAUGGCAUUAUUGAACCAGAAAAUGCUGCAAGAAUUGAAGAAGCUAGUUCAACAAAUGAUGUAACUAGUGAUGUUACUCCAAGAAAUCUGGGAAAAAAGUUUGUUCACCAUGUAAUAAGUUUUGUGGUUCACUUUGUACUCAAAUUGUUAGCAUGUAUAUAUUUCUUAGCCCCUGGACUGGGAAGAGUUUUGGAAACACAAGAUUCAAAACAACAAAGAGAAAACCAGUUGAAUCAACAGAUGGCAGGUUCGGGGUCUCUGGAUGAUGGUAUUUUGACUGAAGCAGAAGAGGGCUCACUCCAUCCAUGUUGGCAGAGGCUACAAAAUUUAGAAACCUUAGUAACUGAGCUUUCUAACAAACCCACAAAAAUUCCUCCUGAAAAAGAAGACAUGCUUCUUGAGUCAUUGAGUCGUAUUAAAUCUAUCGAACAAGAUUUACAGCGAACAAAGAAAGCAUUGCUUGCAACUGCAUCAAAACAAGUGGAGCUUGCUGAGUCAUUGGAACAUUUAAAAGAAAGCAACUUAGCUGGAACACAUUCAUGUUGGCGAAGAAACUACAAACCUUUAAACCCAGGAAGAUGAAUUUUUCUUGUUUGCUUGAACGUGCCAAGGUAGCCAACAUGCGUCUUCUGUUGUCUCUCAACAAUGCUAUAACGGCAAGAUAUGGAAAUCUCUUGCCUGAUUCAAAUGCAACACACACACAGUUGUCAAAUGAAUGGCGAACUACUAAAACUUUUUCUGACGACCACAGUAGUUGGAGAUGUAGUUGUGCAUAUAGUUUUCAAGUUUCUUCACACAGUACGAAUUUUCAUCAAAUUUUUUCCCCAUUUUUUUCUCAGGCAGUUAUAGAGAACAAAUAUUUGAGCUCA